UUACUCCCAAUUGGUUUAGGAAUUUAAACUUGUUUUUAUAAUUAACUCUUUGCUCAUAAAAUCUCUCACAAACUCUUUGAUUUUCACUCAAUUUGAAGAAUUUCUUAGCAAGAUUCAGAGCUUAAUUCUUCUCUCCAGCUUUGCAUUUCGUUUUAGGAUUAGGAUCGUAGGAAGUAUGAGACUAAGGAAGGGGGAUCAAGUUGAGGUGUUGAGCAAGGAGGCGGCUUCGAGUGGUUCAUGGAGUUGUGCUGAAAUUCUUUCUGAUAAUGACCAUUUUUGGUAUAACGUAAGAUAUUUGUCUGUGGAGGAAACAGUCGAGAGGGUACCGAGGAUCGCGAUACGACCAUGUCCUCCCCCCGUUGAACGCACAAAUAUUUGGUUUGUUGGUGAUCUUGCUGAAGCAUUCCACAAUUCUUCAUGGAAACAAGCAAAAAUAAUGAAGAUUGUUGGGGUUGAUUGCUAUAUAGUAAGACUACUUGGAUCACCUAAUUUAGACAUAUCGGUUAGCCAAUCUAAUCUGAGAAUGCGACAGGCUUGGCAUGAUGGAAAAUGGUUUCUCUUACAGAAGGGCAUUGAAGAUUUGGGUUCGUCUAGAAAUAGGCAGACAGAGCCAAACCUGAUGAAAAACAAGGAUCAACAGCCGGCGGUGACGCUUCCUACCGGAUCUCGUAAGAGGCCAUUGCCUUGUCAACCCAUAAAUCAAAAUCUAUCUAUCUGGAGAAGGAAAGUCGGUUCGCCUUCAUUAACACAAGAGUUAAAGAAAUCAAACUCUCCUAUUGAAAAUACUAAUGUCACUACAAGCAAUGCUGGUUUGAGGGAGGGCAACCUUGUUUCAAGAACCUCAACCCACAUUCACACAGAUAGUUGUGUAUCUUCUGUUGGUAGUAACAGUUUCACUAAUGAUUCUUUCAAGAAGCCGUUUAUUUCUAUGGCUCGUCGUGGUAAAAAAGACGAAGAUACGGAUUAUUACAGUGAUGCUGAAUCAUCUACAGGAAGGGAACAUGAGGAAGAAGACUCAUGCUCCUAUGAGGAAGUAUUAGCUAAAUUCCACAGGUCAGAGUUAAGUGUAUUUCGUUCUUUUAUUAGAGCAUUGUAUGCUUCUGGACCUUUAAGUUGGGAAGAUGAAGUAGAGAUUUCAAAUAUUCGUGCUUUACUUCACAUAUCUAAUGAUGAAUAUUUGUUAGAGCUGAGAGAUUUAAUCUCUACUAAUAAAAAGACAUCUGUAUGAUUUAUUGGAA